CCCCCCCUAAAGUGCAUGAAUACCCGGCAUUUCUGGUGGGGCAGGUAAAGCCAGUUUCUUGGGCAUGAAUUAGACAACAACACACAUUUGAACACCGGGGGGCGCUAGCGAUGAGACAUCCAAUAUACGGCUUUUCUGGCAGCCCCGCUCUCUUCCCUUUUCCAUCCUUUCUCAAUUUAUCUGUAUUGAGGACCGGAACAUUGAAACAAAAAAGAAAACAGGUGAUUAUAUGGAAUGGCGCAGCAUGGCAUGAUUUUAGAGGGAAUAACAGCACAGCAACGCACGCAUUUUCUGUACCGGCUGAUUCUACCAAUCAGUUCGGACCAAAUUGUUCAUAUCUGGGCGUCUUUCCUUGCCUCUUUUUACUGUACUUUGGUGAUUCCUCUUCUAUACCAUGUACUCGUAUGCUGAUAUAAGCGUGCGCAGUGUUUCUUUCCCUCUUCAUUUGGAUUUCGUUUCUUUCCCCCACCUACUACUUUUUUCCCCUCGUUUUGCUUGCUUGUUCAUGCCAUGUAUCCGCUUUUCACUUGUUUGCUCUACUGGUUCAUUCAUCAUCGAUAUAUUAUCCGACAUUCCUGCUCUGUUAUUCUAAACAGAGAUCAAUACUCGUACAGUACAUAACUUGUUAUCUGACAUAAAGACCUUAACAGUCCAGUACCUGGCUAAGCUGCAGAUUAAAG